AUGAGCCCCAGACCUUUGGCAUCAUCAAUCCCGUGUCUGAGAGACAUAACCCUUACAGACAUCCACCAUCACUUUGCGUCUAACGCACUAACAUCAACUCAACUAGUUCGCGCCUAUCUCUGUCGCAUCGCUGAAGUCGACCAAGAGUUCAACUCUGUAAUCCAAACUAACCCUGACGCCCUCACCAUCGCACAGGCCCGAGAUAUCGAGCGCGCUCUUGGCUUUCACGGCUCCAUCCUGCAAGGCGUCCCCAUUCUGCUGAAAGACAACAUCCCCACACUCGAUGCCACAGAAACAACAUGUGGAUCUCUCGCCCUCGUUGGUACCACGUCGACGCGCGAAGCAACCGUCGUCACAGCGCUAAGGAGCGCCGGCGCAGUGAUUCUGGGUAAGGCGAACAUGGCAGAGUGGGCAGGUUUCCGGUCUACAAGUGGGUGCUCAGGGUGGUCUGCGCGAGGCGGGCAGACCUACGGGCCUUUUGUGAAGGGAUCGAAAGCGAGUGGGAGUUCCUCCGGCAGUGCGGUUGCGACAGCUUUGGGGCUAUGUUUCGCCGCCAUUGGAACCGAGACCUGCUACUCGAUUGUAAGUCCAGCAGAGAAAAGCGGAAUUGUGGGCUACAAACCAACGAGAGACCUCAUACCUUCAGAAGGCAUAAUACAUGCGAGCAAACGACAGGAUACGGUUGGUGUGCUAACAAGGACGGUCAAAGAUGCUAUGCUUAUCACCUAUACACUUGUCCUGGAGUCGCUCAAUUGCAGCUCCCCACGAUAUCUGCCGGGAAACCCUGAUUCCACAGUGUUAAUGGAAAAUCUCCUAGCUGCUUGCUACUCUAAGAAAACAGAUCUGACCGGUGUCCGAAUUGGCAUACCCCUGGACCUGAUUGAUUUCGGCGAUAUACCAGAAUGCAAAUUAGAGGCUUUCGAAGACACUCUAUCCCUCCUGGAAACGAAGUCCGGAGCUGAAAUUGUGAGGGACGUCAGGGUCGAGGGUGUGUGCGAGUAUGAAGGUUUGUCGCAAGAAGAGAAGCAGGUCGUGCUCGAUACAGAUAUGAAAAUUGCCAUUGAGGCUUAUCUGAGCGAUUGGAAAACUGACAAGCAGGGUAUUAGCAAUCUCCAAGACCUUAUCGACUUCACCAAAACGUGUGCAGAGGAAGAAUAUCCUACUCGAAAUGUAGCAGGGUUUGAGCGGGCACAAGCAACGGACCCAGAAAGCGCAUUAUACACGACCAUGCUGAAGAAAGACGAAAAAUUCGCUGGCUGCUUAGAGAGAACUCUUGAUCGGUAUGGUUGUGAUGUACUAGUCAUACCGAUACUAUCUGUCACCCUACAGGCUUUUGCAGCAAAGGCUGGAUCGCCUGUCCUGAGUGUUCCCAUGGGCUAUUACCCAGAAGGCACGCCUAUCGAGACUGAUCCCAAAAAUGGACUGAUCGCAAAAGCACCGGGUAUCCCGUUCUCCGUUUUCGUCUUUGGAAAGACGUACGGUGAUGCGAGCGUAAUCAAGGUAGGACACGCCAUUGAAAAAUUGAAGAGGGUAAGGGAGCAGCUGAAGCCAUACAUGCUACCAGGCACCGAAGCAGUUGACGUGUGGAAAUGGGGGCACCUAACGUGUGCCGAGCUCUUAGAUCUGCCAGAAUUUAAUUAA